UGCUGCUGCUGCUGCUGCUGCUUCGCUGCUUCGCUGAAUCUACUUUAACCAUGACAGCCGCAGCGUCCGCAACGGCGGACAUACCGGCAGCCGAGAAAGCCCUCAAUGGCCACGACUCCAUCUUCUCGAAUGCCAAAGUCACAUCGACAGUCGGACUCCUACAAAAUGCGGUUCUCCCAUCUUUCGGACUUCACGGCGGAUUGAGUGUCAUUGCGUAUGGCAUCGCUCGAAGCACGGAUCGCGUCGAAAUUAAAGAUUACUUAUGGCCAAGUGGAAUGGUGAUCAAUGCAUGGUGGACUGCUGUUGGAAGGCAUUCACUUGCCGGCCCUCGCGCACCUGCACUGGAAAUACUCAAGAGACUGAGCUAUUCGCAGAAACUCCUUCUCGGAGCGGUCACAGCAUGGGGAGCUCGUCUUUUCUAUCGCAUUGUCAAGCGUAGCGUCUCACGAGGCAAGGACGAUGUUCGAUACGAGAACGUCAAGCAACAAUCCGGAUUCUGGAAUAAAGCAUCGCUCCUCUUCGCACUCGAAGCUGCGUUUCAAACCGCGAUCUCGCUUCCGUUCACUCUACCUUUCCGCGCAGACUCUGUGACCGGCUUCGCUGGUGCACCUGCAGAAUGGGCGCAAACAAUCCGAUUGACAGCGGCUGGAAUUUUCACUGCGGGACUUGCGUUGGAGACACUUGCAGACUGGCAACUCGAUUCGCAUAAGAACAGGGAAAUUAAAGAGAAGCAAGAAGGAAAACAACAAAGCGAUCUGCUACGCUCCGGGGUGUGGUCGAUAGUUCGACACCCCAACUACUUCGGCGAUUCCCUUGUCCAUCUCGCUUUCCCGCUCUGGAACUAUGGUUCUCAGCUCUUCACCUGGCCACAAUUACUCGGACCCGCGGCGAACUACUUCUUCUUAAGAUGGAUUGGCGGUGAUCGCGAGAACGAGGCAUCGCAAGCGGAGCGUUACUCCAAGGAGUCCAAGUCGAAGCAUGCUCAAUUUGAGCUCUAUCAGCUACAGAAGCAUUCUUUCUGGCCUUCAUUGUUUGAGGUCGCGAACCCUUGGACGUGGAUCGUCUCGGGCAUUGGCGCGGCAGGUGCUGGUGCAGCCUACUUUUAUGAGUCUCGUAUCGCUGCUGCUGUUACGGCUGUCAACCCGGCCAGCCUGACUCUUGGUGAGACCGUCGCCGGCUUGCAAUGAAUUUGUGCCGAUAGCAGAUAUGUAGAAUAUAAAAUGUAGA